AUGAACACAGCCAAAAACCCAGUUGAGAGAGACAGAGAGACAGAGAGAGAGAGAGAGAGAGAUGGGUCCUGGAGCGUUCUGGGGGACGAGAGUGAUGGAGAUAGUGAAGAAGCACGACUCGGGAGGUCUUGUCUGGAAGCGAAUCAAGCUCACCACCACUCGUAAAGCCAACGCCAAGAAGCGCCUCCUCCGCGUUUGGCAGAAUGAGGCUGUCCUAAGGGCUUGUUCUGAGCCACAUCCUUCAAAAAAUUCUGGGGGUAGUACUGAUGUAGCUGGUGAUAAAGACAGCAGCAGCUAAAUCAGGGAAUGAAAUGAGUAAGAACAAUAGGCAAGCCUGAGAGGAGUACUUUGGUGAUUCAUGGCUUCGUAGUGCCAUUUUUGAUUCAUUUGAAGUUUACCAUUUAGACUUCAUGUGGGUAUUACAACUGACCACCAUUUUGAUCUUCUUUAUAUAGGUUCAUUAGUAUUGUGUGUAUCUUGAAGAAGAAAUUGUUUGGAAGCUUUUUAGUUGGUUAAAAUGCAAAGUCUUAUAUGAUCUUGGGUUUUGCAAAGUCAAUAAGAAUAUCUGAAGCUCGCUUGCUAA